CCUGGAGUGGGGGGGGGGGGGAGUGUCGGCUGGUAAUGGUGAUGGUUGUGGGGGCCCCGGCCGUGGAAGAUGGCGGAAGAUGGGGAUUUUUGGUAGAUUCUAAUUUGGGACAAGAUGAAGUUCUUCUGAAAAGUCUAUUGUCUACUGUAAUUGUUAGAAGUUAUUGAACUUAUGAAACUAUGGCAGAGAGAGAGACGGCAUCAUCUGUGCCCCCAAAGUGUGGGCCGUAUAUUUCUUCUGUCACUAGUCGAAGUAUGAACUUGAUGAUUCGUGGAGUAGUUCUGUUUUUGAUUGGAGUAUUUCUUGCAUUAGUAUUAAAUCUGCUUCAGAUUCAGAGAAAUGUCACACUUUUUCCACCUGAUGUGAUUGCAAGCAUCUUCUCUUCAGCAUGGUGGGUACCACCAUGCUGUGGCACAGCUUCAGCUGUGAUUGGGUUAUUAUACCCCUGCAUUGACAGGCAUCUGGGAGAGCCACAUAAAUUUAAAAGAGAGUGGUCCAGUGUAAUGCGAUGUGUAGCAGUCUUUGUUGGUAUAAAUCAUGCCAGUGCUAAAGUAGAUUUUGACAACAAUAUACAGUUGUCUCUCACUCUAGCUGCACUGUCCAUUGGUCUGUGGUGGACUUUUGAUAGAUCACGAAGUGGUUUUGGCCUUGGAGUAGGAAUUGCUUUCUUGGCAACCUUGGUCACACAACUACUUGUCUAUAAUGGGGUUUAUCAAUAUACAUCUCCAGAUUUUCUUUAUGUUCGUUCUUGGUUACCAUGUAUAUUUUUUGCUGGUGGCAUAACAAUGGGAAACAUUGGUCGACAACUAGCUAUGUAUGAAUGUAAAGUCACUGCAGAAAAAUCUCAUCAAGAAUGAAGAAAGCAAAAAUAUGUUUUUGUACAGAAAAAACCCAAGAUUUAAAGAAGCAUGUAAAUUAUAGAGACACCAAGAAAACAUUGGACUGUAAAAUUGCUAAGAUGCAGUUUUUCCCUUCAGUGGUAUAUAUUUCUGCAAUCUGUGAUUGCUACUUCUAUAAAUCAGUUACAAACCUUUGUGUAUUUGAUUUAAGUAACUGUAAAAAAAUGAUGCACCACAAACAAGAAUAUUGGUUAAUAGAUGAGUUUUAAAUUUUUUAACAUAUAUUUUAUCACAAUGUUAAUGUGCCAAAACAUUAUAUUACUGUCAUGCAGAAUAUGAGUAUAUUAUGAACAUAUUAAAAUUAUUGAAAUGGCAUAAUGUAAAGAGGAAGGCCAAGAAUUCAAUUGAUCAGCUGAUAUUUUCUCUUUUAUUUUUUAUUUUCUCGCCUUUUAUAUUUCUAUGAACAUCAGUGUGAGUUAUGGGUACCCGACUUUGUGUUUGGGAUUCCAUCUUAAUGUGUAAACAAAAGCCUAGAGUAUUUGAAUUUUUUGUCUUUUGUGAUAAAAAUGAACUUUUUGUGAAAUGUUUUGAAAUACAUAUCUACCUGCAAGUCUGGGGAGAAUCCAAAGAAUUUAGACAAAUUUUACUAUUUAGACAUAUAUUACUUGUAUUAUAUUUGAAGCCCGUGAGAGAUCAUCAGCAUUAUUAUUUUCCAGUCUGAUUUUAGGAGAGGAUGAAUAGUUAAAAAAAAAAUAAGGGCCAUGCAAGAGCAAAACUGGAAUGAAUGUUGUUUUUUUUUUGGGGGGGGAGGGGUGAAAGGCUUUCUGCAACUACGCAAUGUUUAAAGUGGCUUUUUUAAUAGUCACAAGAAAUUUAGCACCUCUUAAUUCUUUUGCACAUGAAACAACUCCCAUAUCUGUAGAAAUGAAGGUUCUAAUGCUAUUUUGGGGGUUCUGAUAAUGUUAACAAACCGCUUUGGCUUGGUUGACUUGUCGUUGGAAUCCUUGUAUUUACAGCCUCAUUUUAUGCAAUUGGGGGCAUGUAAUUUUUUUUAUGUAUUAACGUACUCAAUAGUAAAGAGUUCCAAUCUAUUGGUUAAAUAUGUAUUGAGAGUUUUAUGCAUAUUAAAGGUCUUCUUUAAAAGUUCUUUGCAUUUUAUCUGCUUUUUAAGAUUAUAAUCAUUUAAGAAUAAUUGUAAGCAUAUUCUUAGUGAAUUUAUUUCCAAAUUUCAUAUUUGAAAUCAAUAAUAAUUUUUGCUAUAUGGAAAAUAUUUCAAAAUAUAUGUGUGUGUAUAUAGAGAGUGCGUGUGUAUGUGUAUGUAAAUACACAUACACCCAUAUUCUCCUAUGAUAUUAAGUAGCUUUUUAAAAAUAAACUUUAGUUUAAUGAACUUGUUACCAAACUAAGACCUUUUAUGCCAAAUUUUAGUCUGCUUUCACAUUUUAAGACUGGGAAUUAUGAAAUCCUAAAAAAAUUCAUACUAAACGUGUGGACCCAGCCUUUGCUACAGUAGCAUGUGUAGGCUGCUAUAAAUUAUUAUUGUCUUCAAAAAGCUGUUAUUAAGUUAGAAUAAAUAAGAAAAUAUUUUAGAUACAAUUUUGUAAGCACUAUGAAAACUUUACUAAUAAGUUAAAAGAUCUCUGUACUUAACUUUAAAAGUUGCUUUUAAAAGCAAGAUACAUAUUAAAUAUAUGAUUAUCAUUUUUGUCCUUUUUUGUCUCAGUAAAUAAUAAGUGAUCAUACUGUGAAUCAGCCUGAUGGGCCAAAUAACCUAAAGAGUUUUAACUUGUAAAAAGAAAUAAUUAAGGGGAAAUUAGUCUAUUAAUAGAGAGUAUUAUUUGCAAAGACAUCAUGCUUUUAGAAAAUUUUUUGCAAAUUGUCUGAAAACAAAUGUAAUGAAAAUUUGGUGUUACGAUCUUGUAUAGACACACUUAAUCAUUAUAUAUUAGUCUUGGAAGAUUCUUUUAAGUAUUUAUGAAGUACCUGUCAUAUACAGUAUAUAUCCUAUAGGCCUAAUUGAGAAAUUAGCAUCUGAAAUUAAAUCUCUAUCACAUUUUCUUCAUCAGACAGGUGGUUAACUUUUUAGACUUUCAAAACUAUCACUUCAAGUUGGUAAAGCUACCCCAACAACUUUUAAAUAUUUCAUUCUAAGUGUUUUUUUUUAAUCAUAUUUCUAAUUCCAAAGCCUUUUGCUUUUUUAUAAUCUUCAAUUCACUGUAGAUGAUUACUUUGUCAAUGUCAAUUCUCAGCUAAGUGCCAACAUUAGUUCUUUCUCAUUUCCCAUAAAUUAGUCUCUUGAGCAUUUAAUAAUCAUUUCCCUGUAAUUUUCUUAUGGAUUUUAUGUUUUCACUCAGAAUGUAUAUAUCUACUUGUCAAGAAAGCCAACAAUAAGUAUGAUUUUUAUUGAAUAUUGAAAUAUUGAAAAGAAGACUGUAAACAUGAAAAUAAAGAAGACAGCAUAGAUAACUUUAUGAUGCAGUAAAA